AUGCCUCACGCACUCCUCAACGAUGUUGAUUUGCAACCCACCCGACGUUGGAAUAUGUCAAUGUUUGGACUGGGUCAUGAACUUGGGAGAGGAAAGUUUGCCAGAGUCCAUGUCGCUCGUACCAAGUGCCCCUCAAUGUCAACACUCGCCUUGAAAGUCCUGUGCAAGUCUGAACUGGACCAAAAUGUCGAGGAACAAGUUCAAUGUGAAAUCAAAACCCACAAGAAUCUCGUCCACCCAAACAUCAUCUGCCUCUACGGCUCUUUCGACGAUAAGGUGCGAAUAUGUUUAGUGCUUGAGUUGGCUCCGAAAGGAACGUUGUUCGAUCGCGUUUUGGAAUGGCACCGUGUUCCGGAACAGAUGAGCAGUCAAUACAUUGCUCAACUAACAGAUGCGCUCGAAUAUUUGCAUGGCAAGCACAUCAUUUACUGCAACAUUGACUUGGAGAACAUCCUUGUCGAUGUUCAUGGACGGGUUAAGUUAGCGGACUUCAGUUAUAGCACUCAAACACGCAACCACCAAACAACUAUUUGCGGCACAACCGCUUAUUUGGCUCCCGAAAUGGUCGAAAAUCAACCAUACUUGGAGAAAGUAGAUCACUGGGCACUUGGUGUCCUUACUUAUCAAUUACUCACUGGUAAAUCUCCUUUCACGGGAAGGAACCCACCAAUACAUACAUAUCGAUGGAUUAUGGAGGUUGAUCUCUGGAUACCCAAUCAUGUUUCAUUGGACGCCUCCAACCUUAUCCAACGUUUGCUGUGCAAAAAUCCAGAGGAUAGACUCACUCUUAGUGAGGUCAAAAACCAUCGGUGGAUAUCACGAUACCAGUGA